AUGGCCCAACGUCCCUAUCUCUACAAUGUCGUCGACAACAGCUCGCGCUUUCCAGAGACCAAGUUCGAUCCAAAGGCAGUGACACGGGCCAGCUGGGAGCCAAAGCCGCGUAAACCAAAGCCAAAUGGGCCGCUUGUUACAUUUAAUCGUCACCCCGAUGCUCAGAUGGUGCUUUCACAUAGAUCCAACAACUACGUUUCUCUGAGCUCCAGAACAAAGAAAUGGAUCAAGGCUAUGCGAGUGGUACAGCUGGUUGUCCGAGUUCUCCAACUGUUCGCGGCCACUGGUGUCCUGGCUCUCCUCAUCUUACUCAACAACAUCGAGGCUCUGGCUGGCUGGGUCAUGCGAAUCACGCCCGGUGUUGUUAUGGUACACUGCUUCUACGCUGUCUAUCAUCUCUCUAGGCCGGCUGGAGACAGAAGCCCUGCGUCAUCUACCGCUUACCAGCUUUUCUCCGGCAUAUCUGAUCUGGGCGCCAUGCCUCUCUACGCAUAUGGCGCCCUGAAUGCGAUGAGCAGCAGCGCUGCCUGGACGACACGAUGGGUCGCCGAGUACCUGCGAGAUUACUUUGUCCCUGCCGUCGCUUACACAUUCAUUGUUGCUGGAGGCCUUCAUCUGGUCACUUUCUGCAUCUCUGUCUGGCUCGGCUUCAUGUUCCGCAAGAUCACCAACAUGCCGCCUGAUAUGAAUCCGUUGGAGGAUCACCUCACCUCCCGAGCCAAACACAAGAGAAACAAGUCUAGCGUAGCGACAAGCCUGACUGACGAAAGCGAGAAGCGCCUAUCUACACCUCUCGAAGAACGUCGUCGAUCCGGUGCCCCCUAUCAAGACCUCUCGCGACCCCCCAGUAUCCCCUUCCAGCGUACACGUGCCGGCUCCGAUCUGUCGAACCACACGCGUGACUCUCGCUCCGAUCUUCCUAGUCGACAGUACCAGAUCCCUCUGAAUGCCUCUCCUCGAACCUCUCUAGCUGCCAGCGAAUACAAACGUAUGUCGCAAUACCACGCCUCUCCCCGUGGCACCUACACCGAGGUGCCGCUGCAUGAGACGAACGAACACCGAGAUUCCAUUUCCUCUGCAGCGCCAUCUCCCACUCAAGCUCGUCAAACCGGAAAAUUUACCGAGACUUGGUUCGCCACUGACUCCCUGAUCUCUCGUACGCAGAAGCGGAAUCGCGCCAUCGAUGCCGCUGCGGCCGUGGAGCAGAAGCGGCCCUGCGAUAAAGCAUACGAAGCCUUGGGGCAGAAAUACAACGCCGAAGACUAUGAUUUGGAGAAUGACGAGAACGACCUCGCCGGCAGUGACUUCGAGAACGACCUCGGUAACCCGCAUCCGGACCCCUUGGGAUCCAAUCCCCAUGCGACAGCUCCAAGGACCAAGACGCCGUACCAACAUUCACGGUAUUCCACUCUCUCUGAGGUGAAUAUCAACUCCAGACGUGUCAGUGGUAGCAACGACAUUGCCGACGCAAGGCUGUCGUCACUGGCGCCUGCGCCCUGGCCGCGCAACCGUGACAGCUCUAUUCAGCCCGAAUCUGACUUUUACUCCAAGCCUUAUGGCGAGCUCAAGCCUGCGACACCGCCUGUCAUGAUUGGUAGCAAUCGCCAAGUGUCUUCCGGCAACGACUAUGAAGACCAGCCGUACUCUGCGGCCUAUGGACGGCGGAGCGUGAGCGGCAAAGUUGCUGAAGAGGGUCUCGCUGGAUCGAAGAGAGGAUACUCGCGAUUCAGCGUGCUGCAGGGCUGA